CCCUCACUAAUCAAGAGGCAGGAGCGGGCACAGUCCUGCCCACAGAGAAGGGGCACUGACUGCCCCAGGCGCUUUCUUGCCAAACAUCUUCACCACCUACAGCGAGGUAAGGUAGGUAUCUUCUCCAAGACAGGAACAACCCAGCCCUUCAUCCCCCAGGUGAGUAUAAUGCUCCGACCUGUCUGUGAACACUUCUCCUUCAUCAGCCAAACACAGUCCCUUCUUCCUAACCUUCUUACCCCCAGAUACAUACACUGGGGGAAUGGGGAGUAGUCCAUCUUUCUGACUACUCACAUGCUUGCUACCAGGAGUGGAGGAAGAGCUGAUAAGAUGGGAGCAGGUGGUUGCAUGCAUGUGAUCAAGGAGUAUUUUUAUGGAAUCAGGUCCAAAAAUAUCCUUCAGUUUUGUUUUUAACAAGAGGACAACAAAAAUGUUUUAAUAAUUAAAAUAAAAACAAAAAUAAUAAUUAAAAAGCCCCAAAUGGGCUUUCUGAUGCCUUGAUUGGGAGUGCAUAGGGGAACCACAGAAUGCUCUCCUUUAAAACAGAUACAGUUCUAUUCUCCAGCUCUACUGGGAAGAAGAAGAAAAAGGAAGUCCAAGUUUAGAAGUUUAACCCAUGCAUUACUCCUGGCAUCAGUACAAACUUCAUGGAUAGGAGAGUGUGCUGAGGUAUAAAGGCACACUGUAAUGGGACAAAAACUUGCAGUUUUUACAUUAUUUGAGGUAGGGUUGACGUUAUCCUGGUUUCAGGGGAAGUGUUAAAUAAGUCUAUUAAGAAUCUUCUGAGGAGGAACAAUAAAAUACAAAAAGCAUGAUUUCCUGCGAAAUAUGUUAGCCUAAGAGCAAUAAAUAGAAACAAAAGUUGAACAAAAUUUUUAAAAUAACUUCAAGAAAUGUAGAAGUUUCUUUUCAUAGCUGACAAACUCAAGGAUUAAAAUUAGAAUAAAAUUUAAGAAAAGCUAAAUUUGUCUUUCUCUGACAGUUUAUAUAAAAUUUCAGUUAAAAGUUGGACAGAAUUGAGCUAACCUGGGUUAGGUUUGCAAGCAGUAAUGCAGAAAGCCUGAAAGAAUAACUGUCGUCCUUGUUUUCGCCAUACUGGGAGAUUAUUACUAAAACAGAGAGAAUCAAGUGCUCAUUUCUCCCUUCUUUUUCCCCCUUGCAUUUGAACUGGAACAGCUUUCAGGCUACAUGCAUUUCUUAAGUAUGGAAGAAGCACUGGACUGUACUUCGGCUUCUGAUUGGAAACUAACAGCUGUGUAUCUUUCAAGGAGAGAAACAUCUACUGUGGAGUAAUUGGUUAUGAAGUUUGUGUUACCGUGACAGAGCUCAUGAUACUGAAGUGCUUUCAGCUUCUCCAGAAACUCACUUUUUGAUAAUAUUAACAAAUCAGGCCAGACAUCUACAGUAUUCGGUUUUGGCAGUAAAGAAUUUUAAGGAAUUGUCAGUCUCCCGAUCUCAUGCAGCAAUAUACUGAUGUCAUCCUUGUGCUAGCACAAUAUGUUGUAGUCUUCCACUGUGAUUAGUUUAGUACACCAGGAAAAAAUAGCAGUGAAUCCUGGAAGAGGGCUUAAGGAAAACUAAUUUUAACCUAGGUGUCCUGCACAUGCAAUUUACUGGCCCCAGAAAUAGCUGUUGGCAGAAGUGAGAUUGUGGUACACUAUAGCAUAAGGACCAGUCUAGAUGGUAGCAUACUAUGGAAGUACCGCCUCAAUCAUAUCACAGUACUGUAACAGCAAGAAAUCUAACAGUAACUGUUGUUUUUAAUGAUACUGCAAGAGAAACAUUGCAGUUAACAACCAAAGAAAGUCACAUUACAUACAAACUUUAGAUUAUGUGUUACUGUCUGAACUCUUUAUACAGUUCUUAACAGUCUCAGUCCGAAUUCUGUUCUGCUAAUUAAAGCAAUAGAAUAACUUUGAGGUUCAUUUAAGUUAUAAGUAGCUAGGAGUAGUGCAACUAAACAAGAAAUGUUGAUUUUCAACUGGUCAGCUAAUUACUAUCAUCUUUUACAAUACUGUCUGCGACAUAAUUAAAGCUGCCUUUAUGUAAGGAUUGUGCUAUAGCAACACACAACCUUGCUAAGUAUCAGCACUUUUGGGUGUAUUUAAAGUAAUAUGAAAGUGAUAUUAAUUGCCAGUGUUGCCACUGGAUCUGCACUGUUGGUUCGUAGCUUGUUCUUCUUAGCCCACUGUCUCCUAACCCAUGUUUGGGUUAGGUGAAUGUUUGAUCUGGUGCUAUUUGCACCAUCUUUUGCUCCAGCAGUGAGAGAAGAGGGUGCACUUGGAAGCAAGAUAUAUUCUUCCUGUAUUCCUUCAUACCUAUAAGUGUUUCUUUUCUCUUAGUAAUGUCUAGUGUCUAGGAGCAGAGCUAAGGUGUACAGUGUCCAUUGCAGUCUCAAUCCUAGAAAGUAGUGCGAGAAGUAAUUUUGUUACAGAGCAAGACAUCAGUAUAAGAGAGGGAUUCAAGUGACAGCUUGCAAUGUCAUUUCCACCAUUGAGUCAAGUUCUGGUUCUUCAGUUUCUGAAAUGGUAUUGUUCUUCAGUAGUUGCAUACUAUGAUGUUUUAAUGGAGAACCAGACAGUAAAAUGAGUUCAAGUUACAUAAGAAACAGUCAUAAAAUACUAUGAUGUUUUUACAGAUCUAUAUGUGUUUGUGCUUCAGCAUUCAAAAUCCUGCUGUGGGUAUAAUUUCAUAAACUCAGAUUCAGUUCUGAAAAGCAUCUGCAGAAACGUCACCUUGCAUGCUUCCUUUAAAUGGUAUAAAAGAAUACCAGCAGUGGGAUUUUUUUAUUAUAAAGACAAAGCUGAAUUGUUUCUGCCUAUGCACUGUAAGCAUACUGGUUUAAUUGAUUUUUGCCUGGGCAGACUUAAAAGCAUCAGCAUUUUCAUUUAGACAGGAACAUUAAAUACUGUGGCAGAACUGAUUGUGCAUGUUCAAGGGUGGAUGGAGAGAAUGGUUACCAUAAGGUGAGAGUUUAUUUGUAAAGUAAAAGUGCCUCUUACCAUCAGGCACAGAAUGCUUGCACUUAAAAGUGUGGGCUGGGGAGAAAUUACUUCUUAUAAUACCCAACUAAUGAUAACAUUACUAUAAAUGUUGAAGGCCCAUAUCUUGUGUUACAAGACACCACCACAAAUACAAAGCUAUACAAUUACUUCCUGACAUAGUAAGGAAACUUUUCUCACAUGCUUUAUAGCCACGCUGUUUUUUACAAGCUAGGACUUAUUUGAAUCCCACUUACAGGGGAUGAAGAAAAGCAAAGUGAGAAAUCUGUGUACUAACAGAUGAUUAAGGGCUAUAUUCCCUUCCUUCUGCUUUUGACCUGUUCAGUAUGUGUUCUGUUUUGACAGCAUGUCAUGGUCUUUGCACAGCUAUCUUUUCAACAGAGUAGUACUGAAUGUGUGUCUAUAGAGGUACGGAAGCCGCUUGGAAAAUAAUAUGGAAAAAUACCAUAAUUACUCUGUACAGGUAUUACAGUACAGAGAUUUUUAUUCCUUUUUCUAGCAUAUACUAAUGUAAACAUCAGUUUCAUAAGCUGUUUAAAGUGGGUUUAGGCUUUAGAAAGACCAGUGCUUGCCAUAAAGAGUUUGUAGGGUAUCUGUUGACAGUUUGCCAUGCUCUGUAUUUUUGUGUAACUCUGUCAUGGAGAUCUGACAAACUUAAGACAUGAAACUUCCAAAUUAUUUCCAAUUCAGUGGUUCUGUUGUAUGGUACCUAUGAGUUAUUUAGUAGCUCUCUUGUGUAGCUCGCCCUUAAAAGUGUAGAUAAUAUCUUUAUGUGAAACAUACUAUUUUUGUUCUAAAAAAAUCAUAGAGAAAAUAAAUAGUAAGGUAUUUUGCCAUUCAUUGAUACAUAGUUUUGUAUGUUUCAAAACUUACAUAAAUGUCUUUGCUACCACUUUUUUGCUUGUUUGUUUGUUUUGUUUAAUAGGAAGAUUAUGCAAAAUAUAGCUAUUACAGUGUUCUUUGGUUGGCUUAUUAUCUUGGUGCUCAACAUACCUUUGAGCUUAAAGCUAAAGAGGCUUCAGAAUGAACACUGAAUUUUGCCUUACUCAAAUUUACUGUAAGCUUGUCUUUAUCAUGGACAUUCCUAUAAUGUCUUCUUUUAUCCUGCUUGAAGCUAGAGGGUGCUAUGCAGGCCCUGUUGAUGAUGCUCAGUUGCUUGGUUUUGGAGCUGAUUGUUUUUUAAAAGUGGUGGGGUUUUUUAAGCUUUUGUUGCCAUUUGGUUUUUUUCUUUUUUCCUGGAACAGAGGCCAUUUCACUAGUUGUUGCCAUUACAAAGCAUAUUGCUGCUGGAUUCAUGGGUUAAUUUAGGUCACAUAUCUUGAAAACUUUUACUGGGAUGCAUGAAGCUAGUUUCUUUUGUUUUACUGAAUAUCUCUGAAAUGUUUAGAUUUAAGAAAAAGACAAUAAAACAUGCUUGGUUUUCAUUUAAAUUAAAAAGGAUAAGCAGAGUAAUCCAUUUUCAUAUAAACUAGACUCAAAAACCUCUAACAGAUUAGCUGUCUAGAGUCUGUAGCAUCGGUAAUAAUUGCAUUUAACAGGAAGCCAUUCAAGCAUCACAGAAAUUUCAGAGGGAAAGGAGAAUUAUUGUAUUAGUUUGAUUUCAGCGUUUUUUCUCAACCAACACCCAAUUCUUUUAUUUAGAAUGGCAGGCAAAAUUCUGCCUGUGUUUUAAGGUAAUUGAUGGUAGUUGAGGAGUGAUGAAGACAAACAUGAUAGGGAAGUGGGAACUGCAAAAGCUAAAUAGUAAAAUAAUUGGUUAAUAUGUAUAUGUUGUUGACUUUCAGGUCUUGAUCUGCAUGUAGUCCCUGGAUUGUUUACCUGUUUGAAAACUUAGAAAAAUAAAGCUGUAAUUGAAAAUGUAUUGUGUGCGCAACAUGUCACUUUUUAUUUAGAUGGCGGAGUUUGACACCAGUUGGACAGCCUAUACCAGGAACUAGAUUUAUUGCAUUCAAAGUACCUUUAAAAGGGGCAAUUAACCAGAGGCUUACCCCAACCCAGAAAUUUACACCAAAAGACUUAAUAGCUGCAAUGAAAGCCCUAAAUGUGGAGCUUGGAUUAGUUAUUGAUUUAACAUAUACCACAAGAUACUAUGAAGUUAAGGAUUUACCUAAAAGUGUGCAGUAUAAGAAACUUUAUACUGUUGGACUUGAAGUCCCCGAUAAUGCUACUAUCCUACAGUUCAAAAAAUGGGUCAGAAAAUUCCUAUGGGAAAAUGCAGGAAAUGAGAAACUCAUCGGCGUUCACUGUACUAAUGGAAUUAAUAGAACUGGCUACCUUAUAUGUAGGUAUCUUAUAGAUGUUGAAGGCUGGGAUCCAGAGGCAGCGAUCCAAGCUUUUGGUGAUGCUAGGGGUCAUCGCAUGGAUGGUCUUGUAUAUCUCACAGAUCUCAGAACACAACCAAUGAGAAGUAACCUUGGAAUGGAUGUAUGGGAUUCAGAUGAAGAUAUUAUUCCCCCACCACAUGCAAUGGAAGGACCUGUAGAGCGGUUCCCAAAUGAAGAUUUUCAGGGGUCUGGGAAAAGAUUAAGAAUUUAUGAUGACCACUCUCAUGAUGAUUUGCAAGGACAGAUACAGUUGAGAGAUUUUGAUUUCAUUAAUAAGGGACCUGGACAAAGACGAAGACCAUUUCAUGACCAUCAGACUCAGGAUGACUUAAGAGCACCAAUGCAGAUGAGAAAUUGGGACUACAAUAGGGGACCAGGACAGAGGCAAAGACCCUUUCCUGAUUACCAGUUUUAUGAUGAUUAUGAAGAAGACAUUCAGCUGAAGGACCCAGACUUCAGUAACAAGGGACCUGGACAAAGGUUGAGACCCUUUCAUGGACACCAGUUUCAUGAUGAUUUACAGGCAGAGAGACAAUCAAGGGACACUGAAUUUAACAGAGGGCGUGGACAAAGGCAGAGAUCUUUUCCUGACCAUCCGUCUCAUAAUGAGUUGCAGGAAGACAGGCAGUCAAAGGAUUUUGAUUUUGGUAGCAGGGGCCAUGGCCAGAGACGAAGACCAUUCCAUGACCACCAAUCUCGUGAUGAAUUUCAGACUCAGAUGCAGAUGAAAGAGUUAGAUUGUGUCAACAAAGGUCCUGGCCAAAGACCAAGAUCUUUCCAUGACUAUCAGUCACAUGAUGACUUACAGCCACAGAUGCAUUUGGGAGAUUUUGAAUUUGUUAACAGGGGUCGUGGGCAGAGGUUGAGACAUUUCAAUGAUCACCAGCCUCGCAAUGACUUAAAAACAGAGAUGCAACUGAAAGAUUAUGAUAAUAAAGGUCCUGGACAAUGGCAAAGACCUUUUCAUGACCAUCAGCCUUAUGAUGACAUACAGGAACAGACUCAGUUAAAAGAUUUUGAUUAUGGUGAUAAAGGGCAUGGACAAAGGCCAAGACCUUUUCAUGAUCGUCCAGGUCACGAUGACUUGCCACAUGAAUGGUGUUCCGACAGAAGUCAGUCUUUUUCUUCCCAUGAAAAUGUACCAGAACCUCAUUUCUCCUCAUCUCCUUCACUUCACAGAGAUUACGGGUCUGAUAAUGAUGACUUUAACAGAAGUUAUAGUAAUCGACCAAACUGUCCUGAAGACAAUAGGAGAAUGCAUCCCUCAGAUGAAUUUAAUAGAGGAAAAAACAGAUUUGCACCAUAUUCUUCACGAACAAUGCAUCCAUCUUCAUCUGUACACCAAGAAGAUAGUUCAAUAGACUAUGAAAGAAAACCUUUUCAAGGUGAAACUAUCAGAGAGAUUGGACAAAGCAAAAGAUUACCAGUUGUAACAGUUGAUUAUAAUUAUGGUCUGCCAUUAGAUUAUGGACCUGAAGAGGAAGAGGGGGAACAUUACGAUUUACCGUCAAGAGACCGCUACAACUGGUACUGAAUAAAAAGGUCAAUGUUUACUCAUCUUAGACUUACUUUUACACGUUUGACUUUGUAUGUGGACCAAUUUUUUUUGGUUUUUUUGUUUUUCCCUCCACAUCAGGAAAAUGCAAAUUUCAGUAGUAGAGAACUGGUCUCUAUUGUAAGAUUAGCUUCUACUGAUGUUUGGUUCUUAAAAUUUAUUAGGGUGUAUUUGUUUAAGUGUAGUUGGAGACAAGGUCUCAGUACACAGGGAGUUAAAGUAGUUCUUCCUUUUAGUGAACUUGGAAUUCUGUACCUUAAACCAAACAACUUUCUGGGUGACUGUAGUUGUGUCUUUUGUUUUACAUUUCUUUAAAAUGUAUGUAAUUUCCGGAUGCAAAAGUCAUAAUAAAAUACUGCACUAUCAGGUAAACUAGCACUGAGAUUACAGAAAAAAUACUAUGAAAUGAAUGAAACAAAGUUAUGUCCACUUCAUCCUUUAAUUUGAAAAUAGCAGUCUGAAUUACUGCUUACAAACUCAGCAGCAUUGUAGUGUAAUUCCAGAUUUUCUGUACCAUCAGCUGAACUGACCUACUUGCACUCUUUUUUUCAUAGAAUUUUUCCCAGAAUCAUAGAAUUUUCUGAGAAGACAGAAGCAAAUGGAGUUUGAAUACUCUAAAUGUCAAACUUGCUUUUCAGUAAUCUGAAUUAUCCCAUCCUGAUGAUAUGGUUUUUUUUCCUGAUCCCAUAGGAUGUAUAUGUUUUAGGAGAGCCCAGUGCAAGUGAAUUUCAUAGUUUUCUCACCAGCAUAUCAGCUUACCUGUCUCAACUGGCCAAGAUCACCAGUGCCUAUAUAUUUACACCUCCUGGUUUGUCAGUCGUAUCUGUCUUACUCUCCAGUUCUAUUUUUUGCUAGUUUCUUUUACAGCCCAGCACAGUUAAUCAGAGUAGAAGAAUUAGCUCUUCAGGUAAGUUACUUUUAAGGGUCAUGCAUUGAAAAGUCUCCUCUGAACUGCCACUUCAGUAGGUAUCAAGAAGGUAGUGCAACAAACGGCAACUAAAUUCAUGCCAGCAGCUGCACAGUAGCACCAACAGCUCCUGCUGUGGAUAAAGAAAUCUUAGUUCGUAAGAUGGAAAAACAGUAUUCAUGUAAGACUUAGGUGAACUUUAAAAAUUACAUUUUUCAUUAUUACAUUUUAAUAAAUUAAUAUUUUUAAAGGUGUCACAGUAAAUAAGGAUAAAGCUAGACCAUGAUAUUAAAAUAAACUAUUAAAAUGAAUGCUAGAUACUUCAGUCAUACAGUUAAGAAACUGCCUCAAAAGCCACAUAGCUGUAAAGCAUUAAGCAAGAGGGUGUAGGUAUACCCUAGAAAACUGAAAGAAGUGUUUGUAGCCAGAACCCACAGACCUCUUUUGCCUUUUAGCAACAGCAUAAAACGCACAUUUCUGAAUUCAUGGUUCUAUGACUACUAAAUAAUGACUGGAUUUGAAAAGUGUGGAAUAUCUGGCAACUCCUGUUGGUUUGCAACACAUGCAAAAAGUUCCUAAAAUCACAGGACUCUCUGGAUAUAAAUUCAAACUGCAAAUGCUCCAUUGCCUUUGCAACUGGUAGAACAACUUCAGCUUUGUUCAUUGUACAAAGUAAAUAGUUUUCUUGUUUUCACAGCAGCCAGUCAAUUGUAUUCCCCAUUAAAUCUCUGAUUGUGAGCCUCAUUCGUGUGGUUUCAGGAAUGAAGCUCCCUAUAUAUAAACCAGUUGUGGAACUGAGCACUAAAAUGUUAAGAAAAGGCAUUUGUUCCCUUACUUGCCCUUUUUUAAAAUCAUUUUUUAUUUUUUUUUUUUAAUGAAUGGUAAGCUGAGAAUCUUUAUCUAGGCUUCUUUAUUUGGAGGUGAGGAAGAUCCACAACAUGGGCUACUAUAUUGCCAGAUUCUUUAAAAAAAGAAUAAAACCCCUUCCUGGUAUUAUCCAGCAGGGAGCUAAGAAUUAGGGACUUGUAUUACAAGCAUUUGGUUUUGGUUUGGGGUUUUUUUUAUACUAUGUAUGCAGUAUUCAUGAAGUGAAGAAAGAGAAAACAUUUGCUCUUCCUAUUUUUGUUCUGGGGUUUGAAUUACGGGGUUUUUUAGGCUUGAAGUGACCCUACAGUCAAUCCUUUGUUACAUCAGACAGGGGGUGCUAGGAGUCCCUGGAGAGCUGAAAAAGUUGGUGCACUGCAAAGCUUAGUGCAAAGGGAAAUGUGGCAUAAUAAGUUAGCACUUAGUAGUCAGCAUUAGCUGUUACCAGUCCUCUGACAGUUCAUGCAGGACCCUCUGAGGGUUUAGAUACAGUCAGAUUGUAUAAUUCCUGUUAUGUGAUAAAGCAAACAUCACUUCUGAAACUACGGUGGAUUUCUCUUUUCAAACAAAAUUAAUAGACAUGAUGUUUCCACAAAUGGUUUUGAGCUGACUAUAUGAAAAUAGCCAAAGUUGGGUUUGUAUAUUACUAUUUAUAUAUAUGUAUUUUAAAUAUAGGAUAAGGCUUUCCACCCUGUUGUUCCUAAUGGAAUUAGGCAGAGCUGAGCCCACGUAAUAUGUUACAAACUAUUCCUGACAUUUAUUUCAAAUUCCACAGCUGAGACAUCACUGCAUAUUCGCAUCUGUAGUAUUCAAUUACUAAUUGAUCCACAUCGUGGAGAAUGAAAUGAUACGAAAUUAAAUGCUUCUUGUUUCUUGUAUUACAGUGGCACUCAUUUAAAAAAAAAAAACCAAAACGACAACAACAAAUACCCAAACUUUUAUUUGUUUCACAGAUCUACAAAAAUGUCAUAACAUUUUGCUGGGAUCUUUUGUGUAUGUUCUCAGCAAACCUAGAAAUAGCUGCUGUUGUAUUACAGAGCAAUAAAAAGCAAGACUUGGAUGGACAGCGUUGGUUUCCCACUGCCCUGAGUGUGAAAUCUUGAAGAAAAACACACGGAUACAGUAACUCCAGAGGUAGCAUGAAAUCAUUUGAGGGACUUGUAAGAGGGGUUUUACGUAUGUGUGUGUGUGUGUGUAUGUAUAUAACUAUUGAACUCUGAACUCACAGAAAACUUCUGUUGCUGUGCUGAAGUCAUGAUUUAAUUGGGAGGCCUGAUUUUUAUUGGGAGGUGAAACCAUGGGGCCAGCUCACCCUCAGGUAUGAUCAUACUGAGUUAGGAAAUGUUCAGAUGGUUCCUGGAAAGUGCUAGGGGAAAGUUUGGAUGAGCUCUAUGUAGAAGGCUGACUCCCAAGAAGGGCUUCGGGAAAAGAGAGGUCAGCUCCCGCAGAAAGAUAGAACACAGGGGUACAACUAAAUUUAUAUGUAGAAAUCUGCAUUACAUAUACAGCUAAUUUACUUUAGCGUGCAAAGGACAAACAGUUACCUAAAAAAGGCUAGAAAGGUUUGCUUGUGACUGUUUUUCUCUUAGCGGGAGCAAAAAGUAAUUGUACUUGUGGCUUCUCAUAGGUCAUUUAGGAUCCUUUCCUGUUUAUGUGUAUCUAAAGUAACUGCUAGCAAGCUGCAGGGUUUUUUUCAUGUGCAAAAGUGAUCAGUGAUGUGUUACAAUUCAAAUUUGAGGUGCACUACUAAAACUAGUGUGUCAGGACUGGCAGUUAGCUUCUGAAGAUCAGCUCCUUCUUAACUCACCCUACAUGAGGCAUCCAGAAAUGCAGACACCCAAAGAUCAUUUGUGGUUCAGAAUCUGCUAGGUACUAGGGAAGGAAGGAAUGUAUUCCCCAUCUGGGGUUCAGAAAGGGGAUAUGGAUCCCUGGCCACUGUGACCAGCAGUUUAUUUAAAAUGUUUGUGUAAACAAAAGCAACAGCUUCUAUGCUGUUAUCAGCCACUAGUGUUUGCUUUCUCUCCAGGCUGACUUACUCACUCCAGUUGUCAGCGGACUGUGCUUUACUGGUUCCAGUGGACAGCAAUUACUAAGCCUGCAGAUCCCUUUCUUCUUGUGGGGAGACAGGAAAAACAGAUGACAAAAAGGAACCAGGUGAGGAGGCAACUUGGAUCUCCCUCCUGAGCUGAGCAGACAACGGGGGGGGGUUGAGGGAGAGGGACAGGAAAAAAGAAAUAUCUUAAAAGAGAAAAAUGAAGGAGGAGGGAACAUGAAAGUUGUCAGGGGGAGAGAGUUAUCAGUGUGAGGGAAGAAAUGUGCAAAAGAUAUAUGUGUAAAAAGCUGGUGAAAGAUUACUGGGUAUAAAAAGAGGGCAUAUGCUGGAGGAGGAGUUCCUGGCAACUUCUUAUCUGGGUCUUUUAAGCUGUGCCUGUGGUUCUGUGUGAGCACCAUGCUGAUGUAAAUAACAGUUAUCAAAAAAAUACAGGAGCACUCAGACCUGUAAUCCUGCAAUAAAGUCAUGUGGGAGCUUAAAACUAAUUAAGGCAUCCCUUUAAGCUUUAAAUCUAGUCUAUGUGUAGUAUAAUAUCCUGAAGAUAUUCCCUCCAGAAUCCAAUGAGAAUUUCAGACAAACAAGUAGGAAACAACUCCAUAAGUCUGUUUCACACAUUGAAAACAAGCUAGGUUUUUACUGGAUAUCAUGAAUCCCAUCAUAUCUGACUCUGAAAAUCAAAUCCAUUUUUUUUAUUACAAAUACAUACCUGUCUUAUUGCACACUUUCAGGACAGUAUCAAAACAUGCUAUAAUGUUGCUAUUAAUGUACCCAUGACACAAAAUUUACAGUUAUGAAUUAAAGAGUAACAAAUAAAUCUGAAGUAAUUGCCUCUAUAAGAAGUAAAACAAGCAAGUUAAUGCAGAGUCAUACUGAAAGCAGGAGGCAUUUGCUUCCUUUAUGAGGAAUGUUCAGAACUGAAUGCUCCACAAAGGAAGAUAGGAAGAUGAAAGAGCCACCCGGAUAGA